UGAAGUGAAAAAUGAUCAACUUGCACAUGAGGCCUGCAUGAAAGUGACACUAAACAAAUGCGUCCAAUCACCAGUGACAUCAGUGCAGCGUGGAGUCCUGUUGCUAGGCAACCGCCGGUGCAACCUGAUAAGCGACAGCGGCAGCCAAUAGAAAAAGACGUGUUGAAUAUUUCAUCCAAAUCCGACAAAAGUACCUUGAAGGUGAGCAGGAAGUGACGCCGAAGACGACGACGAGCGGCGGGCAACCAAGACGCUGCAGUGGCAUAAAGAAGCACAAAAUCCAAAACAGACAGGAUGUGACAUCAUCAGAUGAAAAUGUCCCAUGAAGCGGAAGAAACGCGUGGCGCCUUGACGGCGGCGGCAUCCCUGCGUUGCAUCGUGUGCUUCGGCCGCUACGAUCUGGCAGCGCGGUUGCCGCGGCAACUUCACUGCGGCCACACCUUCUGCCAGGCGUGCAUCAAGCGACUGGACAUCGUCAUCAACGAGCAGGUGUGGAUCCCGUGUCCUCAAUGCCGCCAGAACACGCCUCGUCCCCGCGGGGGCGCUGCCGCGCUGGACCUCAAUUUGACCUGCUUCCUGGCCCUCAAGACGCACGCUGGCCCCGCCCCCUGCAUUGCCGAGGCGGGGUCGAGCGGCGACGGGGCUGUGGCCGGGAACGGGAAGAAGAUCACAUGGGCGACCAAGGACGUGACCUGUGAGGACGCGUGGUCGCACGGGGGGCUCGCGGAACCUCGCUUUCAUCGCCACGCCAACUGCUGUAAGCCGCUGUCCUAUUGGUUGUGUUGCUGCUGCUGCCCGGGGCGGGGAUAAAAUAAGGGGCGGUGUCUAAUCACCAUUGAAGCAUCAAAUAGUUUAAAUGGACCUGAUAUUUUCCCAUGGUGCCUUGACCUGAAUUCCCGAGUAACCAACUUUCCUCACUGGCACCGAGAGGUCGGGUUUCCAUGGAGCCGUGUAUAAAAUAAAAUCCUGCAAUAAAAAUGUCAAAACAAUCGCAACUAGUGCGCAAUAGAUGAUUGAGGUCCAUCUUGAGAAAUCGUGCGACGUUUACAUCAGAUCAGAAUGGGUCACGACCAAAGAUGACAAAAUGUCUCCGCUUAAAGCCAGCUUGUGAAAUUCAGCUACAGUGGAGCCCCGCUCUUCGCAGAGGAUAAGGACCCGGCUAGCAUGUGAACAGCGAAAAUCUGCAAUUGGCAAUUUUUUAAAGCAUUUUCUUGAAAUGUUUUUUUUUUAAUAAAUAAAAUUAAAAAAUAACCAUCAAAACAACGGCAAUAAGCAGGGAUGGGAUUGGGCCACUCCCCCCAAAAAAAUCCAAGAAUAAUUGAUGCAAUUUGAUGUUAAUUAUUUUUCAAAUUGCAAAUAAGCAGGGCAUUUAAUUUAAAAUGCAAAAUGCGAAUGCGUUACACACCAAACAACAAAGGAAUGGUUUCACCCCCCCAAAAAUCUCCAAAUGUGCAUUGGUCCACUGUACAACUCAACCAAAGAGCCGCUGAUUAUUGGAGUCUUUUAGGGGCGGGGCUUGAAUCAGAAAGUGGUGGUUGAAACAUAACUUU